AUGAAUAUAAAUCCAUAGCAAGAACAUGUUAUACAAAUAACGAACUCAACUUAGAAAAUAUAAGAUUAAUUAGAAUAUUUAAAAUUAGAGCCUUUAAAAUAAUACGAAAAAAGUAUAAAUGAUUAAAAAAAUUCAUAAAUAUAAACAAAUUAGCCUAUUGAUUUUUAGUUAUCAUAAAAAAAAAAAUCUUCAAUAAUAACAUUAUAAAAAAAUAAUCAAGAAUAUACUAUUUAGAAUAAUAAUCUGAAAUAAAUAGAAGAAUAAAAGUAUUUUUUUAAAAAUAACAUUAAAAAAAAUAAAAAUAAAAAGGUAAAUUUAAGAAUUUGGUUCAUAUCAUCCAAAAAUAGUUUAGGAAAUAAAAAGAAAAGAAAAACAUAAAGACACAAUAUUAUCUUAUGA